AUGACAUCCGAAGUAUCCGACGACGACAUUGCUGCAGCCGCCGAUAAGAUGUCUGUGAGCACCGCAGAAUCUACCGAUGAUGGAAAGAAGGAUCCGAGUACUUUGAAGGGCAUGUUCGCUGCCAUGCAUCUUCAUUCCGAUGGAACCAAUGUCAUGAAGGAGACAAUCAAGACAUUCUCCAACCCAUUUGGAUCAGACAAAAAGGAUGAUAUCUUUGUGGCAACCAAGGCCGAAGGCAUUGCCAAGGUGAAGGAGAUGAUUGACGCCGACCGCCAAAAGCGAAAGGAAGAUUCCAAGAAAUACAAGCGAUGGGACUUUCGUGCAUCCCCUCAUGAACACUUUGGAAUGACCCUUGAGGACACCUACGCUGCCUUUGUCCAGUGGGCAAAGAAGGAAAACGAGGAAAGUGAAUCGCCUUCGGACGUGGAAGUUGCUUUCAAUAUCUCCAAGGCAUUCCGUCGCAUUGAGAGCUAUGCCGAUUGGAUGGACGAUAAUGCUGAAGAAAUAGUAGAGGCACCGUUGACAGCAGAUUCAGUCAAGGAAGCUUGGAAAGCCUGGGGCAUGAAAUCUACCAUUGACAAGAAUGGAAACUUUGUUUGGUGGCUAGACUUUAAGCAGCUCGAUAGAGAUGCCAUCAAGAAUAAGGUUCCACUCAAGGAUUCCUUCCGAUACAUGGUCUGGUAUGCUCACUUUAUCAUGUUCAAUGAAAAUGCACAGAACAACGGGAUGCUCUUUAUCGAAGCUGUUGCCCACGCUGGCUUUAUCGAAUGUAUGACUUUGGUCCCCAUGAAACUUGGUGCCAAACUGGAUCGCUUGACAAUUGGAAUCUUGCCAAUCAAAAUGAAAGCGCUCUACGUCCUGCAAUCGCCAGGAUGGAUGUCGAUAAUGUCCAAAUUUAUGAGUUUGUUCAUUAGCAAGAAAAUGAAAGAGAGAAUUCAUAUACUGGAGGAAUUUAGUGAAAUAGAGAAUACUGUGGGGAAAGAAAGUGUUCCAAUGCCGUUUGGAGAGUUGGAAGGAACAUUGGCCUCCGACCUUAUUGAAGCCAAGCACUAUUCAUAG